AUGGGCUCAUUGGGGAAAACUAAAGAGCUCGAAAACGAGCCAGUACAAAACGGUGGAGGGAAGAUUGAGGAGCGCCGACAUCAAUGGCGGUUCGACACCCUUCAAAUCCAUGCAGGUCUGGAGGAGAACCCCGUACAUGGACAUAUCACUCUACCCAUCUAUAAUACGGCGUCGUUCAAAUUCGAGAAACUCAGCGACAUGAAUAACGCUUUGGAGGAUAUGUCAGCCCCUGAGAACAAACAUCUGUACUCGCGAUUGUCAAAUCCCACUAAUGACGGUGCUGAGAGACGUAUCACCGCUCUUGAGGACGGCGCCGACGGGCUUGUGUAUUCAUCGGGCACAGCUGCAGUAUAUGCCAUCCUCGUUUCUUUAGCGGGAAUGGGCGACAAUGUCAUCGUGUCCACCGGGCUACAUGGCGGAACAUUCAAACAAUUUCGUAAAGCAGGUGCUCAAUUGGGCAUUGAAGCCAGAUUUUGUGACACCAACGACCUCGAACGCGUUAGACAGGUGAUCAAUGAUAGGACCAGGUUCAUUUUUGUUGAGUCGUUGGCAAAUCCCAAGCUCUCAGUUCCAGAUUACGAUGGCCUGAUAGCAAUUGCACACUCGCCAAAUCUGAAGAUCCCUCUCGUGGUUGACGCAACUUUCACCGCAUGUGGAUACUUCUGCCAACCGGCGCAGUAUGGUGCUGACAUUAUUGUUCAUUCAGCUUCCAAGUGGAUCGCAGGGCAUGGGACCACCAUCGCCGGCGCCAUUGUGGAAACUGGUCGCUCAGAUUGGCAAUCUAAUCGGACACGGUUCCCACGGCUUCACGGAGAGGAUCCUGACUUGAAGAAGUUUGACGUCAGCCAGGACAACUGGUACAAAACCGCCGGGGAUAAGGCGUUUAUCAGGUAUCUCAAGAAUGAUGUCCUGCGCGACACAGGGUCUUGUCUUAGUCCCUAUGCCUCUCAACAACUUUUUAUUGGUCUUGAAACGCUCUCUGUACGUUGUGAACGUCAAGAAAAAACCACGAGGAGCAUAGCUCAUUGGCUUCGUGCCCAUCCUCGGGUAGCCUGGGUUGGAUAUCUCGGUUUCGAGGAUCACCCUUACCACCACUUGGCAUUGAAGUAUCUCCAAAGGGGCUUUGGCACAGUCAUUACUCUUGGGCUUAUAGGUGGCGGGGAAAUGGCCGAGAAGAUAAUUGACGCCUUCAAGUUAAUCAUUACGACAACCAACGUAGGGGAUUCCAAGACUCUAUGUAACCAUCACUGGUCGGGAGUCAAUAAGCACUAUUCCAAGGAAGAAAAUGAGGAAAUGGGUGUCACAGAAGAUCUAAUUCGAUUAUCUCUAGGGCUUGAAGAUUUGCAGGACAUCAUUUGGGACUUUGAACAAGCGUUUGAUCAGGCCCAGUUGUAG